GAGAGAGAGAGAGUGAGAGGGAGAGAGGUUUCCUCCUUGUAGUUCCACCUCUCUGUCUGACUACAGCAGUCGCUUUUUGCCACCUCAGCUGUGGUGAAAGUCCACCAGGUUGUAGCAGCCAUGUUGCCGGUGUAUUUGAAGCUGCUGUUGUUCCUCCCGUUGGUUUGCUGUGUCCCCUCCCCCUCCAGACCUCCCUCCAGGCUCUGCAGACGCUGCUGCGACCACUUCGAGGCUCCAGCUCCUUAUCAAAUGCCUGAAGUCAGAACCGUCAUCAACAUGACCAUCCUCAAAGGUGAUAAAGGUGACAGAGGAGACAGGGGCACUCCAGGAAAAUCAGGUCUGGAGGGUUCUCCUGGCCACCGAGGACCCAUGGGCCCUAAAGGCAGCAAAGGCCAGGCAGGUGCACCGGGAGACCCCUGCAAGAUCCCCCACUCAUCCUUCUCUGUGGGGCGUCGUAAAUCACUGCAUAGCCUGGAUUACUACCAGCCGCUGGUGUUCGACACAGUGUUUGUCAAUAUCCACGAGCACUUUAACAUGUUCAAAGGCAAAUUCUACUGCUAUGUGCCAGGGAUCUACUUCUUCAACGUUAACAUCCAUACCUGGAACUUUAAGGAGACCUACCUCCACUUGAUGCACAAUGACAAGGAGCAGGUGAUCCUGUACGCUCAGCCUAGCGAGAGGUCCAUCAUGCAGAGUCAGAGUGUCAUGCUGCAUUUGGCUCUGAAUGAUGAGGUCUGGGUCCGACUCUAUAAAAGGGAGAGGGAAAAUGCCAUUUACAGUGACGACGUGGAUGUUUACAUAACCUUCAAUGGAUACCUGGUGGGACCUGGCACCCAGUGAAAAUAUGAGGGGAAUAAUGUCUGGGUCAGAUUUAUCAUUCUAUUUUCAGUUUUUAAGCCCCAGAUACUGCUUUGUGAAAGACAGGUGAACUAAAUAUACAAAUAUGGUGCUUAUUGAAUUGUCCUUUCAGCCUAAGGGGGAAAUGCUUUGUUUUUUUAAACAAGGGUCAUCAAAACCUUUUAAAUCAAAUAAUAAUAAUAAUAAUUAUAAUAAUUAUUACAAUAAUAAUUAUAAUAAUAAUAAAAAGCAAAAAGGAUAGUAGCACAGCAAAGAAAUUAGGAGAAAAUGUUGUAAUGCUUCCUUUGCACUAGAAAUACAUUUUUGUACAAAGUAAACUUGUUUUUUUUUCUGUGCUGCUGUUUAUUCUUGGAUUAGUCAUUUCUUGGACUAAGACACAGGUUGUUCUUUAUCAGGAAUGAUAAAUCAGUGCAAUCCCAUUUAUACACCACUUGUGUUGGUAGAGUGCCUGUCAGAUUAUUUACUGUCUAGACAGACGUCUGUCAUAGCGUAGAUAUAUAAUCAGAUUGAACCUUCCCAAGGAAGGCUUUCAUUUGUCCGUCCACCCAAAUUACCAAUAUAACAGUAACGACUUACUCUUUCUGAUGCAUAGUCAUGCAGAAUGAAAACUUUAUAUUCUGAGCUGCAGGGAUCUACAACAUGACGCUGCUCAUUGAUGCAAUGUGCAACCUUAGGAAAAUUGAAAAUAUCCUUUGCUAUCACAUGAUAUCCUCAUGGCCACAAAUAUAUGUACUGUAGAUUUUUAUGUGAGUCCAUAGUCCAGAUGAAAUAAUAUUCAUUUUGCAGACGUGUGUGUCACUUUGUCUCAUCCUUGAGGAAAACCAGAUGGAUCUGAGCAUCUUUGAAUCAGUUUGAUGCGAGGAAAAGUUAUAAACCUGUUUAGACCUGGUGUUAAUAUCCAUCCUGCAGGACCCUACAACUGGGCAGGUUUAAAUUCACCCAGGGCACAUUUUAGGACGCCUACCGAAUACCGACCACAUUUGCUGGUGGUUUUGGCCACAUGUGGCCACAUUCAUUAAGUCAAAACACAAUAGCCCCGCUUCCGCUGAGCAGUUCGGUCCAAGCCAGUAUGGUUCAGAAGGGUUAGAAUGGGUUUAGCCAAUUCAGGUGAACGUUUCCACUGCUGUCAGGGGGCAUGCAGGGUUAGGCCAAAUGUCUAGCAAGCCAUCGUACUAGUGCAACAACAACAAACGUGACGCUACAAACAACAACAAUGGAGGUCAUCCAGCAGGUCACUUUUGUUCUGCCUUUAUAUGUGCAGUACAUGCUGCAUUAAAUUAGAGAAGGUUACGGGCAGUGAAGAGAAACUUAGCCCAAAAGAGAAGAAAACGACUUACUUAUCGUGGGCUUUUGACGUCAGCGGUGACAUUUUUCUGUCCGCCAAUCAACUGAUUUCAUUGUGUGACGCCAGUAGCUCUGCCUUAACCGUACAGUACCAUUUUCCUAUGGACCUACAACUGAAGGGGUCCAGAAAGAGUGUGGUUUGGUUCCGUUUUAUGGGAGCCUUUUAUAUUGGAAACACAAAAUUGCGCCCCAGUCCGUACCGAACCCUCUCAGUGGAAACAGGGCUGAUGUGAGCUGGGCGACCCUGAAGAACCACCUACAUGUCUUCUUUGUGGGCGGACGACCAAGUCAUCAGUGGCACAAUAGUGACAAAAAUAAGUAGCAGCCAUUAAAACGGAUAAGAGCACACCACUGGUGUUUUGUUGGUUAAAAUCAGUGUGACGUAGUGCAUUUAUUCCUCCCACAUGUAAAAACAAAUUGGUUUAUUGCAUUGGUUUAUUAUUUGCUCGUAGGGCAGGAGAGUUUGAUCCAAGGACAAGUUGUCAUUCCAGAUGUACCUGGACACAUGUUAAUGCCGGGUGUGAGCAGGCGCAUUUAGAGUUGCCGACUCUGAGGAGGGUUUUCAAUACCUGGUCUGAACAGGGCUCAAAGAGGAGGAUCUUAAUUCUAAAAAUGGAUUAAGUGAAUUAUAAAAACAAAUACUCUUUAGAAUUAUUGUUUUUUGUGGAAAGUUUCCUUCAUAUUGGAUCUCUUUCUUUGAUGAAGACAUAUAGACUAACUUCAAAAGAGAU